UUUUCCCAUCUCCAUUCAAGUUGUUGUCUUCUCUUAUCCCGGCUUUCGCGACUAGAACAAUAUUUUCGACCGUCGUAUACGCAAAAACAUAUAGCGGAUAAUCAGGAACAGCUGUUAGAAGUUUUGAGAGUUUAAUAAUGGUGGGGACGGCAGUCCUUGGCGCUGCUUUGGGCACAGGUACCGCUCUGCUAAUUGCCAUGACGAUCGUGGUCUACAAGUACUACAAUUUAAAGAGGAGAUCAAAAGAAUGGAACUCGUUGGACAAUAUGCAUCUUCCUUUGAUUCUAGACAAGUACAAUAGGUCCAUUUAUCCUUUGCUGAGAAGGGAAUUCAACGUGGAGAAGGAGCAUCUCAACGUUCAACCGCCACAAAAUUCUUCCGGGCAAGACACGACGACGGACAUAUCGAAAACACCGUUAGAAGUGUGUUCGUCGCACGGCCCACCACCGCCUUUGCAGCACCAAUCCAAAUCUUAUCCCAGCGGACAACCUUUGCUGUGCAGAACGCCCAGCGUGUCCAGCCAAAGCAGCUUGGAUAGUACAGCUUCGAAACAGGGACAUCGUGGAUCUUCACCGCAAAUACGCACUUUCGCACCAGACGGCAAAACCACGUUGCACUAUCACCACGAAGCUACACACACUUCUAGUUAUCCUUGAGGAACUCGAGUAGAUCACCGUCACCAUUGCGAGCGGCUUCGUUGGACAUACGUUGCUCCUCGCCAGGCACAGCUCACGCCUUGUCCGAAAUCAGAACCCCAUCACCGUCGCAGUCCAGUUUGGCUUCUCUCACUGGAGGUUCCACAAGUUCGUGCAACUCUCCGGUACCAGCCUCGCCCAGAACCGGCCUAGGAAGAUGUUUAUCUCCGCUUUUUAUACACCGAACUGUUAUAGUUCCUGAUACGUCGGUGGCGGCGCCACCGGCGAGUCCAUUGGGCGCGAUUCAGCCGGAUUUGUACUUGAAAAAGGACGGGCCGCUCUUCAUAGCCGCCCCCAAGGAAUCGCCCAGCCUAGGAAGACUGCAUUUUAGACUUUCUUACGAUUUUGAUAAGAGCGAUUUAGUUGUACAUCUUAUCGAAGCUCACGACUUAGCUAGUAGCGACCAAGGUGGCUUCAACGAUCCUUACGUUAGGUUGACUCUGUUACCGGAAGUGGAUUCUAGGAAACGUCAAACGAAUAUUUGCAGGAACGAUCCGAAUCCGUUGUUCGAUCAGCAUUUUAAAAUUUCCUGUGUCGCACGAUGAAUUGCAGUCCAAGGACUCUUGUGCUACAAGUGUUUGAUUACGAUAGAUUUUCAAGAAACGACGUGAUCGGAGAGGUGACAAUGGUAAUGAGCGAGUUUGACGUGGCCAAUAGCGUAGAAAUAUGGGGCGAAAUAACGAGAAAUAAGAAACCAAGGGAAGAUAUACAAGAAAUUUUAGUAUCGCUGAGCUAUUUACCGUCAGCUGAAAGAUUGACUGUAGUAUUGUUGAAAGCUCGGAAUCUUCUGGUGCCCCAAUGUAAAGGAAACUCAGAGCUGCAGGCGUUCGUUAAAGUAUACUUAAUCGUGAAUGGAAAGCGCACAAAAAAGAAAAAGACGGCUGUCAAGAAAGGUAGCUCCAGUCCUGUAUGGAACGAAGCAUUGACGUUUACAUUAUCGGCCAACAAUAUUGCUAAUGCCGCUAUUGAGAUAUCGAUAUUUGAUCAAGGCACUGAUAUAAUAGUUAAUAACAUCUUGAUCGGCAUCUGCACGAUAGGACCGAAAGAAAGCGGCCCCGAAAAAGACCAUUGGAUCGACAUGACCCAAAGUCCUAGAAAAGCCAUAGCCUGCUGGCACACCGUAAGGUAAACUGGAACUAAUAUGAAAAUAUAUGCUCAAUCAACAUAAAAAAAAAAUAGUUACCCAAUUACAUACUUGAUUGCGAAAAUACUCGAAGAUCGAGAGCAGACAGUUCUAGCGGAUAAAUUUACAAAUUUAUGUUGUCGAGUGUGUCAAUCAUUUUAACUAUUGUAUGUAGUUUUUUUAUUUUGUAAUUCUUCGUUUUGGUAUAAAUAUUUUAAAAUGAUAAAAAUAUUGUUCCUAUACGGCAAUCUGCAACAGUCAUUAUCGGUCAAAUCAAAAUUCUGCACAGUAGGAUAAAAUAAUAAAAAAAGAGUAAUUUAUAAUUGGUUUCACUAGUAGAUAUUAGUCACUUUUCGAUUUUUCCCCAAAUCUGGGCAAAUUUGUAGAAUUGCUCUGGCAACGCCGCACCGUAUGCGUCAAUGGUAAGUACGGCCGAUAAUUAACUAAAAUCUUGACAAAAAAGGCAACACCGCAUCGCAUGUUUCAAUGGUAAGUACGGCCGAUGAUUAGCCAGAAACUUGACAAAAAAGGCAACAUCGUUUCUCCAGUAAACCGUCGUAAUUGGUAGAUUCCUUAGAACGAUAACGGCGAGAAUUAGACAAAAUUAGUGGCUUCUUCAUAACGUUUUGCUCGACCAACGACCACGAUGACAUGCAUUGGCAACACUGCACUUUAGUAAAUAAAUAUAAGAGACUCGGAUGGUAGAGUUCAGUUUAGUGUCGCCAGACUGGUACAAUUGUACUAGAUCUAGUACAUUCUCUGAGAAUUGAUACUCAGUACACUCAAAUUUAAGACAUACGUUUUAUUAAACUCAUCCUGAUUUAAAAUGACAUCUUGUAUUAUUUCGAAUAAAAACUCGUUUUCUAAUCUAAGAAAGAAGUUGAGUUGGGUCUUAACGUGUAAAAUAUAUUAGGGAUUCCAACGACCUGUCAAAAUGCUAACAAGUGGAGACUGAUAGUUUAAAUAU